AGAAGCGUUGCGUAGAGAUGAAGCCAGAGCGGCGCGCGCGAGCUGCACCGACACUUCAAACUGUCACUGAGGUAAUGCGCGAGGCACGCAGGAGGCAUUCAGCUUGCUCACUGAGAUACUGUGACUAAAACGGGAGACACAAGGCGGGAGACGGAUGGCAAACAGUUUUUUAGACAUUAUCGUUCUUUUUAGUGCUUGGACAUACCCGACUCAUUUUGCCGUGCCUCUGAUUCCUCAUUAAGCCGACUUUCUCCACUCAGGAAUGUAACAACGGCACAACUAUAACAGACUCCAUCCUUUUCCAGGGUAGUUGUUGCACUCAAAUUCUUUUUGCAAACUUGUGAAAACUGCGAGGGGAAACUGGCACAACGCCGCGCGCUGCUGCGUGUUCACUGGAGAUUUAUAUUUAAAGCCUUGCGCUCCGUGGAGGGUUGAGCAUCUGGGUAACAUAGAUUUAAGCAUUCCAAUAUAUUUGUUUUCUAAGCACUUGGUGAGAUUUAAUAGCGUUUUUAUUCGUAAUUUGAAUUUUGGAAUAUUUAAAAUGUAAUAACUGAAUAAUUGUUACUCAGAUAGAUAUAAUUUAUAAAAGCACACUAUUACGCAGAUUUUUCAUAUUGCCAGUUCAAUCUAUUUGUGACACCAUUGCUCGCAUUUUUUUCCCCACUGGGCGUUUGGUUUGUUUGUUGUUUUAGUUUUAGUUUUUUUCCUUUCACGUAAUCUGUCUUCGUUCAGAAGUUGAUAAUUUAGCGACAGAACCAUAAAAGAUAAUUUAUCAGAACCCUAAAUCAUAAUUUAAUAGAUGUAAUCUCCUUACAUUUAAUUUUCUUUUUCAUGGCUGUCUUUUAAAUUAAAUUGCACGUUUCCAUAACUGUUCAAUAACGUUUAUUCCAAAUUUGACGCAAAGUAAUAAUGUAUCAACACUCGACGAGAUGUGACGUAACAAUGACUGACAGAAUCUUUUCGCAGUGAGCGAUGUAUUCAUUCGAUUAUACGUAAAAUCUUUUAAUUUCAACAAAAUACAUUUUACUAAGUUCUUAGAAGAAGAAGAAGAACGAUAAAACAGCUAAACGAAAUAAUUCCAUUUAUUCUGCCCACAUUUGGAUUAAUAAUAGAGAAGGUUAAUCCACGUGUAUUCUCAGUUGCUGCCUUGUGGCAGUCAUGGCAAGCGCGUGCUUGGCGGGCACGAGUCUGCAUGGCCACAACAUCAGUGGCACUGGAGGCACAUCUUCACCGAUUUGUAACCAGAGUAUGUUAAAACCCCCUCCGUACACCCCAGAAGCCACAGCAGCCUUUGCAACAGCCAUCACACUGAUGAUUAUUUUUACAAUUGUUGGCAAUAUUCUGGUUAUCAUCGCUGUUUUAACCAGCCGCUCGCUCAGAGGACCCCAGAAUCUCUUCUUGGUCUCCCUUGCAGCUGCAGACAUUUUGGUGGCCACUCUCAUCAUCCCAUUUUCACUGGCCAAUGAACUGAUGGGCUACUGGUAUUUCCGCACUGUAUGGUGUGAGAUUUACCUGGCGUUGGAUGUGUUGUUCUGCACUUCCUCUAUAGUACACCUGUGCGCCAUCAGUCUAGACCGCUACAUGUCUAUCUCACGUGUCACGUACGGCCCAAAGAGGACGCCCAAACGCAUCAAAUGUUCCAUUUUGGUGGUGUGGCUGAUCUCAGCAGUCAUCUCCUUCCCACCACUACUCUCCAUGAACAAGAACAAAGGGGUUUCAGGUGGGCUGCCACAGUGUGAGCUCAACAAUGAGCGCUGGUACAUCUUGUACUCAACUAUUGGUUCCUUCUUUGCUCCUUGUCUGAUUAUGAUCUUAGUCUACAUGCGGAUCUACCAGAUCGCCAAGCAGCGCACACGAUGUCCACCUGGGGAGCCCCGCAAAGAGGUCCCGGCCAAUGCCGCAAGUCCUCAGCACAAGGUCCACAUGGAGGGUCUACAAAAUGGAAGAGGAGAUGAAACGCCCUCUACCUUGCAGAAAAAAAACAGGCCUCCGACUCUGGCUGUGUCCCAAGUGGACUCCACCGAGCGGGCGGCGAGCCCCCCAGUCUCCAAAAAACAUCUGCGACCCCCUUUGACAACCCUGACAUCGACCACAUCGUGCCCCUCCCCGUCUCCUUCAAAUUCAUCCGAAAUGGCUCCUUAUAAACCUAAAGAGGGGAAAAAGGCGAAGAAGACCAUGAAACAGCCUGACAACAAUAACGGAGAGAGCAUGAGCUCUGACUCAGACACUGAGCAAGGUGGGAGGGGGUUAGAGGUCCCCUGUACCCCGAGCAUGACACCCAGCGGCAUCCAUUCCCCCGCCACCAUCCAGAAAUACAGAGACAUGAUCGCCACCACCAAAGGGGCCAAAUUGGUGACCCGGAAGACGAAGCAGGAAGGAACACCCAACUCGGCACGGCGCAAAGCUAUGGUGAACCGAGAGAAGCGCUUCACCUUUGUGCUGGCGGUGGUUAUUGGCGUCUUUGUCAUCUGCUGGUUCCCUUUCUUCUUCUCGUACAGCCUACAAGCUGUGUGCCCAGAGAUGUGCGCCUUGCCAGAUCCGCUCUUUAAGUUCUUCUUCUGGAUCGGCUACUGCAACAGCUGCCUCAACCCGGUCAUCUACACCAUCUUCAACAAAGACUUCCGCAGAUCCUUCAAAAAGAUUCUCUGCAAGAACAUCAAAGGCACAUUCUUCUGAAGCUCCUGAAGUGAAUCAUCUCCUCAGACAACAACAACAACAACAACAACAAAAACAGUUAUCCACAACACAGGCUUCAGAAAAAGACUAAAAGAAGCACAAUAACAGUGCUGUUGCAAUGUAAACGAAGGGCCUUUUGUGCAGCCCGAUGAACUGAGGACACUUUUUUUUUUGGUCCAGGUUACCACCUCAGGCACUGGAUUCCUGGUAUACAUGCUAUAAAAUGGACCUAAUCCAAAAAUAUUCACUGACAACGAAAAACCAAAGCUGAAAACAAAACGAAAAUUAUGAGGACUAUUGCACACCUUCUCUUAUCUCACCUUUCUAAAAACGCCAGGACUUGGGGACACUGCACAAAUGGAUUUCUCUAAGGACUUCAGAGGUACACCAUUCCGAAUCUUUACUUACAGCUUUCCCAUGCUGAUUGGUCAACCAGUGCCUACAAAGCAUCAUUUCUGAGGAACAAAGACAUGAAAUGCUCCUGUGGAAAUCCUUGCCAGGGGCAAUGUGUAGGAAAGAGGUGACGCAAGUUUCUCCGAUCAAACAUUAAGGCUUCUAGUCACAGACCUCCAGGGUAGGACCAUUGGGAAGUAUUCCUGGCAUUCUGUGAUACAGAAAGGCUCUGUGAAUACAGAACACCUGCCAUGGAAGGAAGCCUUUCUUUCUCUUUCCACCUUGGACAGGUUGGCAGCAGGCUUUACGAUUGAAAAAUGUUUAUUACAGGAAAUUUAGAUAUGCAUUCUUUUCGAAGGUCAUUUUCAUUUUUAUUAUGACAAGACUUUUUGCUUCAUCAAAACUUACUUUAGACUUUGGUAACUGUAUCAGAUGAAACAAACACCUCCUGAUUUCACUGGGGGUGCUGUUUCUGACUCAGUGCAGCACUUUGCUUUGUAUAAAAGAACAAAUGAUCAUUUGUUGGUGUACACUGGUCUACUGCACCCUAAAUGUCUGAACAUUCAGCAGGGUGAUACUUUGGGACUAAGGGCUGAUAGCAGUGAUGCUUUCUAUUUCGUUGGUCAUUGUCUUUUUGCUAAUGAUCCCUGUGUGUGUGUGUGUGUGUUUGUGUGUGUGAAAUGUAGUGAAUGGGUAUGCGUCGUGUCUGAUUGCCGUGUAUGUUUAGAAAUGUAUGCUGUGUGUGAGAGGGUGUGCGAAUGUUGUUGCGCAAAGUUGUCUGUGUGUAAUGGUGUGCGAGUUCACAUCCCUCCCCGAUUCCACUGGCACCAGUUCAACUAUAUAUGUAUGUGCUUGAUAAAUGUGACUGGUUUGCCAGAUCUGCCAGUGCUUAUGAUUCAGCUACUUCCCGUGCCAAUGCUUUUACAUGCUGCUAAACUCAUUUAAUAUCUUCUUAAACCAGAGUUUAUUUCAUAAGAAUUGUUCCAUUGCAGGUCCUUUUGAACUAAUAAUUUUGAGACAGUUAAGACAUGUUUUAGAGGAGAGGAGAGCUGUAAAUUAUUGUUAUGUAAAUGAUUUUGUAUUUAUUUAAUCUGCUAUUUCUUAUUGUUUCCCCCUAAUAUAUAUAUUCCACUUUUUUUUUUUUUUUUUUUUCAAGGGGAAAACAAUCAUGAGAUCGUUUCAGCUACAACACAAUAUAAAAAGCCUUCUACUGUACUUUUCUGGUAUGACUUUUGUAUGUGGCAGGACAUUGCAUUCAGGCUGCAUUCUCAUAAGCUUUGCAAUUGAUGAGAUCCUGGUAACUGUAUCCAUUUUGCCUCCUGGACUCCUCUUUCUUCAGUGUAAUGCUGUUGGUUUCCCACUGCUCUUGAAAAAUAAAACCACUGAGCUGUG